AUAUUAACAUAAUAAAAAGUGUUCUUAUUUAUAGUUAGUAUUCAUAUUUAAAUGAUAACCUUUUUUACAGUACUCCUUUUUUAUCAUUUCCGUUUCCAUUAUUUGUAUUGUGUUUUUUAGACCACAACAAAAGUGUACAGACAUUUAUUUUUUAAAUGUGGCACUUGUUAUGCAGGGGCACACUUCUGGCAAAUCUCCCAUGAAAACAUAAAAUAACAUGUCGUCCUUCCGCUUCCACUUUACCUCCUCUAACAGGAAACAUACACACUGCUCCCGGGGGAAUCAGCUUUCAUACAAAGUCAGUCGACCAUUUUCAUCCUCAUGAGCUGCUUCUCCUUCUCCUGGCAACCCUAUCACCGGUCCCCAUGGUUACUCGUCACGUGACUAGCAACAUAAACAAUUAUCAAGGGAGCUAACAUUACGGUAGGAAGUAUAGCCCAACCAUUUUACUAACAGCAUGUAUUACUUAUUGCAAGCCUAGCGUUUGGAUGUGAGAACGAUGGGUCGUUGUUGGCUGGACUUCCCGGGAGUUUCUGAGAGUGGAGCAUUAUUUAUGUCGCGGGAGAGGGAGAAAUACGUCUACAUUUGAGAUAUGGAGAGUAGUCCCGGUGCGGUGAGCUGAAAAAUGGGAGCAAGCGCUUCUGUGUCACUCUGUAGCGACCCGUCCUCAGUGAGCAUCCUGAGGCCCAGUGCUAAGGUCAGCCCGGAGCCCCCUGCCCUCACCCUGGUCUCAAAGCCUGAACUGUCCGCAAGGUGUGUGUUUGCCGUUGCCUUAGAAACACUGCGAGAGGACGGGCAGAUGGUCGAUGGAAUACCUGUUGUCCUAAGAGACAUGGUGGAGUUCCUGGAUAAGAAUGGACUGCACCACAGAGGGCUGUUCCGCCUGUGUGGGUCUGCUGUGCGGACCAGGCAGCUGAGGCAGCGCUCAGACUGUGGGGAGAGGGUGGACAUGGAGCAUGAGGGAGACGUCCCCACCGUGGCGUCGCUCCUCAAACUCUUCCUCAGGGAGCUGCCAAUCGCCAUAGUUCCUGAACCCCAGCGCAAACAGCUGGUUCUGAGCCUCAAAGGAUAUGCAAAUGAGGCAGAGAUGAACCGGUCUCUGAGAGAAAACAUUUGCCACCUGCCUGAUGACAACCUCACUAUUUUGUUUUACCUCAUCCACUUCCUGUCCAGAGUGGCCGCUCACAGAGAAUAUAAUCACAUGCCUGUGGAAAAUCUGGCAACAAUCUUCGGGCCUUGCAUAUUUCAUGUUCCUGCGGGACCCAGGAUGCUGGACGAUCAGAAUGUGUGUAAUGCCCUGUUGCACCAUCUCCUGAGGCACCACCAGGAUCUAUUUCCAAUCCCAGCCGAGGACACAGUGGCCUCCUCCAUGUCCUCCUCCUCCUCCCCCCCUCCUCCUACCCUAUCUGCCCUUUCACACUUUGAGCUCCAAUCCAGCAGCUGUCACUCAGAGCAGAGCAGUGUGCAGAGGCCGGAGGGAGAGACCGCUUCACUGUCAGCGAGCAGUGGUGUUAACCAAACAAUACAGAGGCGUUUCCAACUCAACAGUCCUGACACACAGGCUUGUGAAACCAGCUCUGACGUCAGCGCUGACCUUCAGAAGCUGAUUCCAGACCAGCAGCCUCUGGAGGAGAGCAGUGACAGAGCAGAGGCUGGCUGGAUGAUCUCCCCCCCCUCUGACCCCGGGCCAGAGCGACACCCUCACCAGAGCAGACCACCCAGAAGCCUCCAGAAGUGUACCACCCAACGGACCUCUUCACAGUACACGGUGCCACUACCGAAUGAGAGCGAGGAGGAUGAAGAGGCUCCCACCGAUGCGGUGCAGAAAUCUUCUAUUUCAGACCGCUGCACAGCCUCUGAAUCACAGAGCAUCACACCGACUCACCGCACACAGAGGAUGCUGUUCUGCGAAAAGCACAAAGCAGGAUCCCAAACCGCUGAAUCUAAGAAGAGUCCCUCUCUCAAGAUGCAUGCCCUGGAGGCUGACUUGGGACCCCCGUCUUCCCCUAUAGACCCCCAAGGUCAGGAUUACCUCCCUGCUCAAACACAGCCUCUUUCUACUGAGGAGCAGAGCCUGGUUCUGACCCACAAGCUGCUUCUCCCCUCGCCGCCGUGCACACCAGCUCAGGACCGGGAAGACUCUCCGCAGUCUGGGCACUCCCCCUCCCCUGGUUCCUCAGAGUUCAGUCCUGUCCUGUACACCAGCCUGCUCUCUGAGGGGUCUUCAGGAAACGACCCCCUGCCCAUCCUCCCGGGCCCUAAAACCAGCCCGCUGCUCUCCCGCUUUGCGCUGAGCGACUGCCCCGUCCCCUCCCCACGCUGCCCCAACCUCAGCCACAGCCUGCGCUACAACCUGGACCCCGAUACGGCCCCUUCCCCACCCUGCUCGCAGCACAUACGCAUGACUCGCAGCAGUGUCCACUCGGAGCCACACGAGGGCUCUGUCUCCGUCUCAGCGCUCAACAGACACAUUCACACUCUGAAGAAGAGGAUCAGGCACUUUGAGGAGUGCUUUGAACAGGAGAAGCACUAUAAGCCUGCCCACAACGACAAGACUGCUCAUCCGGAGGUGGCCCGACUGAUGAAGGAGCUCAUCAAGAGUCGCAAGCAGCUUAAAGAGCUGAAGCUGAGACAAUCAGAAGGGGGGAUGAAAGGUCAGGGAGACUUUAACCAGUCAUCUGAAACACGCAGAACCAACUCAGACCAGAAGGAGGCAGCACCAACAGGCACUGAGCUGCAGCAGCUAAACAACAACAGCAACAUCAAAGCUAACGUGGAGGAAACGGUCAAUACUAUAUCCAACAGACUGAAGGAGAGACGCAGAGAGCUGGGCCUGCCCGACAGCGUCAAGGAGAUGUCCCAUUUCCAGAUGACUCUGGAGAAGACCAGCCUGCAGAAGUGUUUGCUGCAUUUUGAGGGUCUGCACGGACGGCCGAGUACCAGGCAGGAGCGGACUCUGAUGAAACCUUUUUACGACCGGUACCGUCUCCUGAAGCAGCUGCUGCUCUCUGCUGCUGCUGCUGCUGCUGCUGCCACAGUCAUACCAACCAUUGAGGAAGAGGAGGGCUCUGAUGAAGAUCAUCCCAAACAGCGUAGCCCAAGGCUGCAGCCCCUCCGACUGAAGCCCCCUCGCUGUGUGUCUUCAGACGACUCGCUGCACCUUCCUUCUUUAGAAACGUCUGAAACGCCUCUCGUGUCCCCGCUGGAGGAGGUGAAGUGUUUCCAGCCACAGAUCGUCACCAUGGCAACACUACAUGAAGCUUCCAGACCAGAAUUACUGGAUCACCUCAGGACGGCGCGGUCAGAGAGGCACCGACUUCACCGAGCGCUCCGAGAGUUUGAGGAGAACUUCCACACACAGACUGGCAGGUUCUGUCAGAAGGAGGACCGGGGGCCAAUGGCGGAGGAGUACUGCCAGUAUAAGAGCCUCAAAGCUAAGCUCCGCCUCCUGGAGGCCCUGCUCAGUAAACGGGACUCAACCAAGAGCAGCUGAGUGACUCACAGUGGGACUUUAUCGGACUCAAUCCUUUAUGAAAAUCAGGUUCUGAAUCUUGUGGUUCUGGUCUUGUUUUAUGUCGUUUUCUGUUGACGCACUUUACAUGAGGAAAACUGAGGAAAUUGGUGACCAUCUUAAUGAAAAGCAGCAUGACUGCGGGUUUGUCCCAAAAGAUCCUUUGUCAUUAUGACGCAUCUUAAUAUAAACCUGAUGAGAAGUGUAUUUAAUGUAGCACUAAUUUAUGUCAGGGGUGACUGCUGUAACAACUUGGUGUUUGUUACAUGCAAGUUAUUUUAUUCACGCACAUUAUGCCACUUUGUAACUUGCUUUCUUCCUUGCAAAAACACUCUUUCAGGACAGCUUUGCCCAAAGCGGAAACGGCAUUUUCUUAAAAACAAGUGCUUUCUUGGCAAACAGUGUGUAAGCUUAAAUGCAAUCAAUGAGACAAUCCUGUCGUGUUUGUACAUGUCUGCUCUUCAAUCCUACAUUGUGCUAUGAUAUGCAUUCAUAUUUUUAUAAUUGUGACUGAAUUGAAUUGACAUGUUAACCUUGGAAAACAUGUGAACGUUGGUGAAGCUUGGCAUUGUAGUGCAACUUCUCUCUGCUAUCAGAUUGGUGUGUACCCCCCCACUUUGCUUGUAUGAAGUUAUUUCCCUCUAAAUGCAGUUGUUGACAAUGAUCAGAGCUUUCGGCAUUGUGCACUUCUGGUUUAUAUAAUUUUCUAUAUAUGAAUGUAUCAAUAAAAAUAAAUAUUUUUUCACAUUUA